CUUACUCCACAUGUGGGUUUUAACCUCAAUUAAAGUAGCAAACAGAAGAAUAAUAUCAGGGCUGUGUAGAGUCACCCAGUUCUGCAUGUCCAUGUAAGUCCACAUGGGCCGGUGCUGACAAGUGGAGUGCAUGUGCUGUUGAAGCUCACAAGCUGUUGCAGUUUUGAUGACUCUGCAAAUUGGCUACAGCAUACAGUACUUUAAGCUCUUUCUCACCACAAUGACACCUACUCUUUCAGUUCUUAUUUUCAUUUGUUUUUUCUGGCCUUUGAAUAAUUCCAAAAUCAUGUGUGAUUCUGGAAGAAGUUUAACUACAAGGUAGAAGUUAAACAGUAAAGAAAAUUGUGAAUAUAACAAAUCUGCAUUGAUAACAAGAUUUCUACAAACACAUAUCAUGCUCUGUAUUUCCAUGAUGUUAGAAAAAACAGUGGUUCAUUAUACAAAUGGUUCAGUACACAUACAGCUAAGAACAGUAGUUUAGAUUCAAAUAUUUUGUCUCAUGCUUUCAGCCAGAAGAGUUUUUUGCUCUCUUUUAAUCACCAGGAAAAAUAACAGUAUAUUAUAGCUUCAAGACAGAAAUAUAUGCAAUGUUGUGAUUUUACUACUAUAAUAUUGCAGAGUUGAAUGUAUAACGCCAGUUCUAGAAAAAAUUAUAUGAAUUGCAAAACAAUGUGUAAUCUCUGAAAGAUUUUGCAACAGUGUGUGUGUCAGUCCAAGCACAUGAGCACACCAUACAUACAGUGCCAGCACAAGAUUACUACGCAAUAACCUGCAAGGAUUUGAAAGUCUUUGCAAUCGCACAUAUUGUACUAAUGAUACAUUUUGGUUGUUUACUCUUCUUUUUUUCAUUUUUUUUUCACACUGUUCCAUGUGACAAUGUAGUUGGUUAGUUCUCCUUUGCAUGCCUUUUACUGAGAAUUCGGCUUGUUGUCAAACUCAUUUAGUAUUUCCUGUAUCAUCUCUCUCACUACUAGACCCAAAGAAAACCUCCAGUGCGGCAGAGAGAUAACCAUCUGAACUUCCACAGCUAAGAUGACUAAUGUGACUACAUCCAGCUCCUCGCUGCCUGUGAGCCAUCAAGUUGGGAUCUGGUUGCUGUCACUAGCCUUUGUCGUGGGCGUCCCUGGGAACUUGUUUGUGGUCUGGACAAUUGUAUUCCGUGUGGCACGCCGCUCACUUACCUGCCUGCUGGUGCUCAACCUGGCAGUGGCUGACGCCCUGGUGCUGCUCAGUGCACCGUUCUUUCUCCACUUUCUGGCUGCGGGGCGCGGCUGGCUGUUCGGGGGAGGGCUGUGCAAGACUGUGCACUACCUGUGCUGUGUCAACAUGUACGCCUCCAUCUACCUGAUCUGCCUGAUGAGUCUGGAUCGCUGGCUGGCUGUGAUGCGACCUUUCCUCUCUCAGCGGCUGCGCACCAAGCGCACACUCUGGGCUGUUCUCCUGGGAUUGUGGACCUUGGCCUUCCUCUUCGCCUUGCCUAUGCCCUUCUACCGUAGUAACCUCCAGCCAUUUAUGAAGAAAAAUAUCUCCAUGUACAUAUGCAUGCCGUACCACUGGGGAAGCGUGAAUCAUGAGGUCUUCCAGUACCUGUGGGAGACACUGCUUGGCUUCCUGCUACCAUUCUGCCUCAUCGUGGGGUGUUACGCCUCCAUCAUCUACCGCCUGCGCAGUGCCAUGUUCCAGCGCAAGGGCCGAGGAAGCCGCCUCAUCCUCAUCAUCAUAAGUGCCUUUGCACUCUUUUGGGCUCCAUAUCACCUCGUCAAUAUCCUACAGGUGGCAGGAAAACUACAGAAUUUAUCCUCCAUAAAGAGUUUUGCAGCGGCAGCCCGGCCCAAUGUCACAGCCUUUGCCUUUCUCAGCAGCAGUGUGAACCCCAUCCUCUAUGUCUUUGCUGGCAGCUCAUACAUCCGUAAUGCAGGACUAGGUUUCAUGGCCAAACUGUUCGAAGGCACCAACUCAGAGGGGAGUGGCUCCUUCAGCCGUAGCACACGCUCCAGCCGCAGUGGAUCCUCCGCUGAGAUCACUGCCUUGCGCAAGCUGUCUCUCCGAUUUGGUUUUAAGACUGGACGGGACGAGUGGGCGGAGCCUGGUGUACGAACCGACCCUCGCCUGAAGGCGGAGACAGACGAGAAGGUGGGGCUGAAGACAAUGACCACGAUGGAUCAGAUCUAAGAUUUUUUUGUCCUUGUUUUAAUGUAAACAUUCAUGCAACUCAUAUGACAAAGUUUAUCUUUAUUGCAGAAAAGUAUUUAUUUGUGGUACAGCGUUUAAAAAACAGAAAAAGAAUACCGCUUCUUAGAAUUCUGUGAAAUUAGCAAUACAGGAAAUGUAUUUUUGUAUAUGUCAGUGUAUUUUUAUAUGGAAUUUUUCCAGCAUUUAAUUUUCAUUAAAAUAUGUACUUAAAAUAUA